AUGACGAGGAGGGCGACUCCAAAAAAGCACUAUGCCUAUCUCAAGCCCUCGGUCCGUCGUGUCCCGGAAAAGACGAUCAAAUCCAAGUGGGCAACUCUGCCAGAGCCUGUCCAGGACAAGGUUCGGGGCUUGUUUCACGCCAUUGAACGCCCUGUAAUCAUGCGCCAUUCAAAUGAGAAAAAACGAAUCGAGGCACAAGCUGCAGUUCACGCUGUGGUGCGGAAUCUAGGGAAACGUCUGCCACGAAUGCCAUUUCCUCCGAUUACCAAAGAUGCCCACUUUGACUAUGAGUCUGCAUUGGAUGAACAUCGGCUCCUAGCGGCAAAUAUCGCAACAAUGAGAGACAGCACGGCUCUCCUGAAAGCCGAGAUUGCGAGGGAAGAAGCGCUCCUCGCCGAGGAGAAGAAAGCACUGCAAGAAAUGGACAAAAACGCCAAAAGGGCCGAGGCUGAGAGGAAGAGGUUGACCAAAAAUGAACACCCCGUUCUUCGACAACUGGAUGAGUUCGUAUCAUCCCAUGACGCAACAGAUGUUUUCGCCCUGGCUGAUGGCAAGACUCCGCGCCCUGCAUUAGGCGAGCUCGACGCGGAUCCUGAAAUUCAAGGACUGAUGAAACAACUCCAUGGCCAUCUACAAUCGAUGCAGACGAAUAUUGCUCCACUUGCUGGUCUGAGUGACGCUGUGACUCGGUCGCAAGCUGCUUUGGAUCUCUAUUCCUCCUUGAAUGAUUGA